CUUUCACAUCCAUUGCUGGUAAACUACCAUUUGAGGACUAGUUCUUUCUCUUUCUCUUAUUCUUCCCAACGAUCACAGCAUUUACCUAUCUGCAAGCUACUCCUAUUUUCAAAUAUGGGUAGACAGAGAGAUCAAUUUUGGGAUCAUGCUAAGAAUGAAAAUGGCCGUUUCAAAUGUAAUUAUUGUCAACAAGAUUUUCCUGGAGGUGCAUCAAGGAUUAAAGCACAUUUGGCCGGAAUUCCAGGUCAUGACAUAAAGGCAUGUAAUGCCGUGCCUCAAGAUGUUCAAGAAAAAGCUCAAGCAACCCAAAAAAAAAGAGAAGCUCACGUAACUCAAGGGACCAACAAAAAACUUAAAAGUGUAUCAACCUCAGCUUCAAAACCAAAAACUAAGACAAUUAAAAUUGUCAACCAGGGUAAGGAAGAAUAUAGGGCUGAAAUUAUCCUCAAUGAUGUUAUCGACAGACUAAUAGCCCAUGUGUCUUCACUUGCCACUGAGCAUAUCAAUUUUGAUUUGAGUUUCAAGGUGGAUCUUCUUGAAACAUUAUUCAAGAUUAAAUUCGUGUUAGGUGAUGCUCAAAAGAGGCAAUCAAGUGAUGAGUCUAUGGGGAUUUGGUUAACUGAGCUUAGAAAUGUAGCUUAUGAUGCUGAUAAUGUGCUAGACAAGUUUAGCUAUGAGAGUUUUUGGCAAAAGGUACGGAUUCAAAAUCAAAUGAUGGAUCAGGUAUGUAACUUUUCAUUAUGCAAUUUUGAUGAAGUUAAGGCCAUCAAACAAUCGUUGGAUAAAAUUGUGAAUGAUGUAGCUGACUUUGGUCUUAGAAUGGAGAUGGUGAAUUCAAUCCCCAAAAUUAGCUUGGACAUGAAUAUAGACUCCCUCCUCAAUGAUUCAGAAGUUGUAGGAAGAAAACAAGAUAUCAAAAAAAUAGUAAACUUACUUAUUAGUUCAAGCAAUCAACUCUUUGUUCUUCCUAUAGUGGGUAUGGCAGGUAUUGGAAAGACAACUUUAGCAAAACUUGUGUAUAACAAUGAACUGAUAAAGAAACAUUUUGAUGUACUAGCAUGGGUAAAUGUCGGUAAAAAUUUUGAUGUUGAAGGGAUUUUAAGAGAGAUUCUUAAAUCUCUUAGAGAAGACUUGAUUUAUCAUUUAUGUGCAUAUGAUGAAGUACGUCAAAUAUGUGCAAAAAUUUUGGGGGAGAAAUAUCUUCUCAUACUUGAUGAUGUGCAUAAUGAAGAUCCUAAGAAAUGGGAUACUUUAAAAGGUUACUUAUUAGAGUUCAAUUCUAAUACAGGAAAUAAUAUUGUUGUUACAACCCGUAGUGAUAAUGUGGGGCAAAUCAUGAAGAUACAUCAUCCCCCACAUCACUUAGAGAAGUUAUCAAAAGAUGAUUGUUGGUCUAUAAUGAAAAAAAGAACACUCAUAGAUGGAAGAAGUCCAUUAACUUUAGAUUUGGAGGUUAUUGGUAGGGAAAUUGCUAAAAGAUGUGGAGGGGUUCCAUGGGCUGCAAGAGUUUUAGGGGGAACAAUGUGCUUUCAAUUUGAUAAAAACAAAUGGCUGGAGAUUCAAAAUAAUAAAAUUUGGGAUUUGUUGGAUGAAGAUAAUAGUGAUAUGUUUCCUGUGCUUAAGUUAUGCUUUGAUCAUCUUCCAAGACCAUCUUUAAAACGAUGUUUCGCAUAUUGUGCAAUAUUCCCUAAAGAUUAUGACAUGAAAAAGGAUGAAGUAAUUCAGUAUUGGAUGGCUGAAGGGUUCCUACUAGCUAAAGAAGCUAAUAUGGAGAUGGAAGAUAGUGGUAACAUAUAUUUCAAUAUUUUGUUGGCCACUUCCUUUUUCCAAAAUGCUAGAAAGGAUGCCUACGAGGAUGGUUAUCGGAUUACAGAAUUGGGAGCUUUAAAGAAUCUCAGAGGAGAAAUAAACAUAUACAAUCUAGAGAUGGUGGAAGAUGAGGAAGAAGCCAAAAGUGCAAAAUUAAAAGAAAAGGAAAUAUUCAACUUGGGAUUAUACUGGGAUGAAGAUUAUUACGUUCCUGAUGAUGAAGAUUAUUACGAUUCUGAUGAUGAAGAUUAUUACGUUCCUGAUGAUGAAGAUUAUUACGAUGAUGAAGAUUAUUACGAUUCUGAUGAUGAAGAUUAUUACGUUCCUGAUGAUGAAGAUUAUUACGAUUCUGAUGAUGAAGAUGAAAAGGUGUUGGAAGGCCUCCAGCCUCACCCAAAUUUGAAAAGCUUAACAAUCGAAGGGAAAUGUGAAGAAGUUCCAACUCUGGGGCAAUUACCCUGUCUUAGGGUUCUUGAAAUGGAAGGAAUGGGGAAGGUAAGAUGUAUAGGAAGUGAGUUUUACUUUUACAGUGAUGGGAGUUACAGAAAUACUACUACUACAUUAUUUCCGGCAUUGAGAAUACUCAAAUUGACGUGGAUGGAAACCCUAGAAGAGUGGAAGGAUGCAAAGGAGUUGACAACUGCAGAUGAGGUGUUGUUUGUGUUUCCUUGCCUUGAGGAGUUGACCUUAUAUAAGUGUCUUAAACUGAGAGAUUUGCCAGACUCACUGCUCACCUGCGUUUCCCUUCAGAAGUUGGUAGUAGAGUAUUGUCCUAUGCUGAGGUCAUUGCCAGGUGUCCGGUCCAGUGGGUUACAAUAUUUGGAGAAUGGGGAUUGUCGUCGUCUGCCUUCUUCUUCUACUUCCUCCAUUCACCCCUCCCAGCGGGUUGUUGGUUUGUCUUCGCUAUAUCACAAUUUGAUUGAGAUCAAUUUGAGAAAUUGUUGGGAAUGUGAAGAAGUUCCCACUCUGGGGCAAUUACCCUGUCUUAGGGUUCUUAAAAUAAGAGGAAUGGGGAAGAAGUACUACUACAAAAUUAUUUCCGACAUUGAGAAUACUCAAAUUGGAGAGGAUGGAUUCCCUAGAAGAGUGGAAGGAUGCAAAGGAGUUGACAACCGCAUAUGA